UCGAUGUACCGUUUAAAAAAAUAACCUUUUUUAGAGUUUUUGGUAGUACGGGGGAAUUUGGCAUGCGAAGGGGUACGCUUAUUUCAAGAAAUCGACGCGCGCGGAGUAGAGUUCUCCGGUGCAGUGGUGACCAAUCACCAUGGAUUUGCAGAGGGAAAGCAGGAGAGUGGGAAUUGUGUAUGACGAAGGAAUGUGCAAGCAUGCUCGGCCAUUUGGGAAAUCCCACCCUGAGCAACCUCAGAGAAUUAAGGUCAUCUGGGACAAACUUUGCUCCGCUGGCCUUGUUCAAAGGUGUGUCAUGGUGAAUUCUAAGGAAGCCUCUGACGACGAGCUAAGCACAGUGCACAGCCAGAAACACAUUAAACUAAUUAGAAACAUCAGCAGCUCUAAAUAUGACAAGACACGGGAUAAAUUAGCCAACUCUUUCAAUUCCAUUUACUUCAACAAAGGCUCAUCAAGCGCCGCGCUUCUCGCUGCAGGAUCCGUGGUACAGAUAUCAGAGAAGGUAGCAUUAGGAGAACUUGAUGCUGGUGUUGCUGUUGUUAGGCCACCAGGGCAUCAUGCAGAGGUCGAUAAACCCAUGGGAUUCUGUUUAUUCAAUAAUGUAGCCAUAGCAGCACAACAUUUAGUCCAUAAGAGGCCAGAGUUGGGCAUACACAAAGUAUUGAUUGUUGAUUGGGAUGUUCAUCAUGGUAAUGGAACACAAAAUAUGUUUUGGACUGAUCCACAGGUUUUGUACUUUUCUGUUCAUAGGUUUGAUUCAGGAACAUUCUAUCCGGGUGGAGAUGAUGGCAAUUAUAAAAGCAUUGGAGGAGGACCUGGAACAGGUUACAAUAUUAAUGUUCCUUGGAAACAAGGCAACUGUGGGGAUGCAGACUAUCUAGCAGUUUGGGACCAUGUUUUGAUUCCUGUGGCUAAGAGUUAUGACCCAGAUAUUAUUCUCAUUUCUGGAGGUUUUGAUGCAGCACUUGGCGACCCAUUGGGUGGAUGCCGGCUUACACCUUAUGGUUAUUCACUUAUGACACAUAAGUUGAUGGAAUUUGCUGGUGGGAAGAUUGUUUUAGCCUUAGAAGGUGGUUACAAUCUUGAAUCAUUGGCAGAUUCUUUUGCUUCUUGUGUAGAAGCUCUGCUUGCAGAUAAAUUAGCUAGAAGCUCCUCUGUAUUGCCUCCAUUUGAAUCAACAUGGGAUGUAAUACAAGCGGUGCGUCAAGAGCUUAGAUCAUUCUGGCCAGCAUUGAACGAAGAUCUACCAUUGCCAGUGCUGAUCAAGGAUGAUGUCUUGCAAUCACUUGAGAAGCUGAAUGUAAGUUCAAGUGAUGAAAGCUCUGAGUCAGGACAUGAAGAAUUUGCAGAAGCAGGAAAAAUCACAGUGAACUCUACAGUUCUUUCUGUUCCCUUUGCUGAAACCACUGAAAGCAUUAUUCAACCAUUGACUGAGUUGAAAGUUGAUGAUGAUAGGCAUGAUAACAAGGGAACGCCUCAAUCUUUCCUAGCCUUGAACUGCGACAAGGGGUUUCCUAUGACAGUUGUUCCAUCAACCUCUUGUUAUAAAGAUUGUAAUGAGUCAGCUUUAGUUUCAGUAUUGAAUGAUGGUAAUGCCUUUAGUUGGAGAGAGCUCCUGCGUAAAACACACAUUUGGUAUGCAUGCUAUGGAUCAAACAUGUGGAAAAGAAGGUUUCUGUGCUAUAUCAAAGGGGGGAAGGUAGAAGGCAUGUCGAAGGAUUGCUCUGGUUCAGUAGACAAAACUCCCCCACAAGAUAUGCAAUGGAAAAUGGUACCACAUCGUCUGUUUUUUGGGAGAUCAUACACACAAACUUGGGGCUCAGGAGGGGUAUCUUUUCUUCAUCCAAUUCAUAGUGGCAAUAGCAAAGCGCAUGUUUGCUUGUAUAAAAUCACGCUGGAACAGUUCAAUGAUCUGCUGCUUCAAGAGAAUUGUAUGAGUUUUAAGACAGAUUAUCCAUUGGUGGACAUUGCUUCUGUUGAUGCAAUUAGAAAUGAAAACCGUAUACUCAAUGUCAUUGAGGGUGGCUGGUAUGGCACAGUUGUUUACCUUGGCAUGGAAGGAGGACUUCCAAUUCUGAGUUUCACGUGUUCUAUUUCUGAUAUUGAGAAGUUCAAACAUGGUCAACUAGUAAUAUGCCCCCCGUCUUCAAAAUAUGUUAAUGUUCUCCUUAAGGGUCUUGUUGAUGGGAGAGGACUUUCUGAAGGUGAUGCGAUAGCAUAUAUUGAAGAAGCAUCAAAGUUAUCCUUAUAAGGAAAUUAUUAUGGCAGUAUGUACUUUACGAGGAAUAGAGCUGCAAUUAAAAUAUGUCCUCUACAUGUUGUAGGAAUAAUUUAUUGCAUUAUGGACGCUCCAGUGUUUUAAAUGCAACUAUCUGUUGCACCCUCACCUAUAGACAGCAUAACUUAUUGUAUUGUGUGUUGUGCCUUAGUUACAUCGCUGAGAAAUUUAUGCAGGUUAUUUUUGUGUAAUGCCGAGAUCAAAUGAAGGCUUCGAAGGCAUCUGUACAGGAUCAAGGAACUUAUUAAAGCGUCUUUGCAUGUGUGAUUGGUGCUUUAUGAUUGAACAAGAUCUACACAAGCUUUAACAGAAUCUUGUGUUUUCAUCAGUUGUUGAUGAAUUGAUGAACUAUAAUAAAAAUCUUGAAAAGGAAAAAUGGGUGUUUAUUUUUUGAAAA